ACUAGCAGCCAACUUCAGUUUGGAGUCGUAUACUGCAGUUUACCCGACGCAACUAUACCUGAAGUGAAUUUUGGAACACACCUUUAGUUGUAGUGAAGAAUUUGCGUACAUUUUCCAAAAUUUCUGAAAAUGGCAAGAAUUACAGCUGUUAAAGAAUCGCUUGAAAAGGCUUUAAAAGAUGAGUCUAAGCCAUGGACUGGCUAUUUCUCAAUGGCGGAGGAAAAGACGGGCGUCAAUCGUCUUUAUAUUUUUCUUGUGGCUGUUGGAUUUCUAGCAUUUUAUCUGGUUGUUGGAAUUGGACAACAACUUGUGUGUAACAUUAUUGGAUUUAUAUAUCCUGCGUACUGUUCUAUGAAAGCUUUAGAGACUCCACAAAAGGAUGAUGAUACAAAGUGGCUCACUUACUGGGUUGUUUUCGCCACUUUUACUAUAGCAGAAUUCUUUGUAGAUUAUAUUGUAUACUGGCUUCCAGUAUACUGGCUUCUUAAGUGCCUCUUCUAUGUUUGGUUGAUGGUACCUAUAGACUACAAUGGUUCCUUGAUUUUAUAUCAUCGUGUCAUCCGCCCAAAAUUCUUACAGUACCAACCAAAUUUGGAUACUUUUAUAACAAAUGCUCGUCAAACUGCAAUCAAAGUGACCACGAAUGUACUAGCAAAUGAGAAGAAAGAAUAAAACGAAAAUAAAGAAGUACAUUGUCUGGUAAUAUAAAAAGACUUGAGUUGAUAUAAAAUUAAAUUCAAUACUUCGUUUGGAUGAGAUUUAAAGAAAAAAAGGUAUCAGAUAGCUUUUUUGGCCCAUUCCUAUGAAACAAUUAAGUGUGAGUAUUAAAGCUAGAGAAAAAGUCUAUCGAGAAAGUGCGUAUACAUUUUUAUUUUAAUAUUCGCUUUGAUAUAAUAAAAUGUUACUCAUGGUGUUUGUUUUAUGGUAGUUUGUUUUGAAGAAGGAACAAGCAAAAGUGCAUGAUGUUAAUAUCCCUUAUAGACACAAUAUAAGGAAUACUUUUAAAAUAAAUUUAAUAAAUGUGAUUUCAUAA